CUCGUAAAUCCUCGAACUCAUUGGAGCUCUCUCUCUCUCUCUUAUUUCUCUCUGCCUCCCUAUUUUCGUCUUCCCUGAUCCGAAACCCAUCACACUCGAAAUCCAUCGAUUUCAACUCACAGAGAUCUCUCUCUCUCUACCUCAACCUCCUUCGCGAGAUCUUCUCAGCCCCCAAAACGAUCGGGUUUUCUUCUUCCUCUCUCCGCCUUCGAAAACCUAAAUCAAAACUACUCCCCCCCCCCCCCCCCCCCCCUCCUCUAGGGUUUCCACGGGCCCAUUGAAACUUAAUCUUCCUCCAGUUUUUUAUCAAAAUUGUUUGAAUGACCUUGUGGCAACAAUUGAAACAUGACGUCGAGUAUGUUGUCUGGGGAUCGGAGGUGGGCUUCUGCCAGAAGAGGUGCAAUGACUGUUUUAGGGAAAGUCCCGAAGCCUAUAAAUUUACCCAGUCAGAGGUUAGAAAACCAUGGUAUGGAUCCAUCUGUGGAAAUUGUUCCCAAGGGCACUCUCAGUUGGGGCAGUAGAUCAUCAUCUGCAUCAAAUGCAUGGGGCACCUCAUCACUUUCUCCAAAUACUGAUGGUGGCACCACUUCACCAAGCUAUCUCAGUGGCCACAUUUCUUCAGGAAGUGGCACUCGACCAUCAACUGCUGGUAGUGAUAAAUCUCAUGAACCUGCUGCUAGCGCAUGGGGUCCAAACUCUAGGCCAUCAUCGGCCUCUGGGGUAUUGACAUCAAAUCAGACGUCAGUGGCAUCAUUGCGUCCUCGCAGUGCAGAACCAAGGCCUGGUAGUUCACAGUUGUCAAGAUUUGCUGAACACUCUGAACAUCCAGUGGCAUGGAAUGCUCCCGGGACUGCAGAAAAAUUGGGAGUGACGUCAUCAAAGAAUGAAGGGUUUUCUCUCACUUCUGGAGACUUUCCAACUCUUGGUUCAGAAAAGGAUAAUUCUGGAAAGAAUGCUGAGUCUAGAGAUCACAGUUCUUACUCUCGCCCUGGCUCAUCUUCUGGUGGUGGGGUGGCAAAAGAGACAACUGGGACUUCCGUAGUUGGUGAUAUCUCUGUAAAUGCAAGUGUGAAGAGUGGAACUGGUAAUUCAUGGAAAAGAGAGAAUCCCUCAUACAAUGAAGAUGGAGGUAGACCUGGUAUGGAGAAGUGGCAGGGAAAUCCCCAGCCUUACCCUGGUGCUAGUGUCCCGCCCCAACAUUAUGAUGCAUGGCAUGGUGGUCCUGUUCACCCGCAAGGUGGUCCAGUACCUCACCCCCAAGGUGGUGUUUGGUUUAGAGGUCCUCCAGGGGGUCCUCCUUUUGGGGCCCAGGUCCCUCCUGGUGGCUUCCCAAUGGAACCAUUUCCAUAUUAUCCUCCACAAAUUCCAGCUGCUGCUCUUGCCAACCCACAGCCUGUUCCUCCAAAUGGAGCAGGACCAAGGGGACACCAUCCUAAAAAUGGAGAGAUGUACAGACCUCAUAUGCCAGAGGCGUAUAUCCGCCCCGGUAUGCCAAUUAGACCUGGAUUUUACCCUGGUCCUAUGGCCUUUGAGGGAUAUUAUGGUUCACCAAUGGGAUAUUGCAAUUCAAAUGAACGAGAUGUCCCAUUUGUGGGAAUGCCAGCUGGUCCUCCUGUCUAUAACAGGUACCCUAGCCAAAGUGCUCCUGAGCCUGGCAGACCUAGUGGAUAUGGUCCCACCAGCCAAACAGGGUUACCGGAGAAAAUAGAAUCUGGUCAUCCACAUGAUACACGUGGACCAUACAAAGUUCUUCUGAAGCAGCAUGAUGGUUGCGAUAGAAGAAAUGAAGAACAGAGAAGUGAGGUUGCUGUAACAACCAAUGCGUCAUGUCUUGAGGGUGAGGACCAACCAAAAGCAUUGUCAUUGGAGAAUGACUGGAGAUCAGAUCGCAGAAAGGAGGGAGAGAGGGAUCGAAGGAGUGAAAGACCUGCUUCGCAGAAUUCUGACCGAGGAGCUUCUUCUGCUCGUGUCAAAGUCAAGUCCCCUGAAAGUUUGGGUAAUAUGAGGGCAGCUGAUGCCAUUCCAGUGAAGAAAUUGGAAACUGAAGCCUGUGGCACACAAGAUAUUGCACAAACACUCUCUGCAAAAGACCCCAGUCUGAUUCAGAAAAUAGAGGGAUUAAAUGCCAAAGCACGAGUUUCUGAUGGACGAGGUGAUACUGCAUCUGUUUCCAUUAGGGAGGAGCAAAGGAAGACAUUCCAAGUCAACCCUAAAUCUAACAGUUCAGUAAAUGAACCUGGUAGUGGCUCGGCCACUGAAAUCAUAAAUUCCUCUCAUGAAGUCAGCAGUGGAAUUUCUGUCUCCAGGCGACCUGCUCAUGGCAUGCAUGGUAAAUCAGAUAAUCGUGGUAGAGGAAGGUUUAAUAACCAAGAAGGCGACGGCUGGGGGAAGAAAUCCUUGGUCUCUGAACCAACAUCUGUGGUGUCAACUGCAAAUUCAAAAGUUCCUUCUAAUGAUCAUGUGCAUGACCACCUUGCGUCCAUGGAAGCUACUGAAAAGUCUGGAUCUUAUCCACAAGGCAGACGUGAAGACGACUCAUUGACACCAAUGUUUGAUCCAAAUGAUUCUGAGGCACAGCGUGCUAAGAUGAAGGAGCUAGCCAAGCAACGUACCAGACAGCUUCAAGAGGAAGAGGAGGAGCGGACAAGAAGGCAGAUGGCCAAGGCUCGAGCAAAAUUAGAAGAGUUGAACAGACGUACUCAAGUGGUGGACGGUUCAAAUCAAAAGUUUGAAACCAGACAGCUUCAGGAGGAAGAGGAGGAGCAGACAAGAAGGCAGAUGGCCAAGGCUCGAGCAAAAUUAGAAGAGUUGAACAGACGUACUCAAGUGGUGGACGGUUCAAAUCAAAAGUUUGAAAAUUCCUCCAGUGGUGACAUCCAGAGUAAACAAGAAGAAUCUCAAACUUCUGGUGAACCAUUAGUGGCCGGUAGGAAAUAUGAUCCACAAGUCCCAGCUUUCGGUUCUAACCUUAACGCUGUUGAACAGAUUAAUGAGUGCACCAGUGUUGAAGCUGAAGAAUCAACUGUUCCAUCAAUUGAGCUACCUUCAGAGAGGCCAAAGAGUGCCUACAAGGAGCCCAUUUUCAUGCAUGAUCAACCUGUGCCUUUGCAGCAGCAGGUUACUAUUCCUAAUACUGCUCAUCACAACACUGCUCCCCAGGCUCAUGAUAGCUGUAUCUCAAGGCAGAAGCAGGCACCUAAACAAAAGCAGAACACUCGGUUGGAAAAGAAGUCUAUUGGGAAGAAUACUUCCACUAGUAUGACUGACACACCAAAUAGUCAGACAGAUACAGUGGUUAAUGUGUCCUCAUCUGGUGGAGUUGGAGCUACUUCAACCGCAUUGAGUACUGAGUCAAGCCUGACUGCAAAUUCUAGUGCUAUACUUGAGUCAUCUUCUCAUCCGAGAAAGAAAAAUUACAGAAGUGGCAAGAACAAGCAGAGAGUAGAGAAUGCAUCAUCUGUGGCUGCUAUAUCAUCAUCUAUAUCAAAUGAUACAAAUCAUGCAAACACCACUAUAGAAACUGGAAAACCAAAUGCACCUAAUGUGGAUUUAGAUCCUAGCUCAGUUCAGUCAGAGACCUUUUCUAGGGAUGCAUAUCAGUCGAUGGAACAGCACUUGUCUCUACCAAACGAAGAAUCUCAAGGUAGAUUAAGUGGCCAGUGGAAACCUCAGCAUUCUCGCCGGAUGCCUAGGAAUUCACAAGCAAUCAGGCACUCGGAAAAAUUUCAAAGCAGCGAUGCUGUUAUGUGGGCACCAGUGCGGUCACAGAACAAAACUGAUGUAACUGAUGAUGCCAUCCCCAAAACUGAAGCUGAGGCUGUCAGUGCUGUAAAGAGCGACCAUCAAGUGCAAAAUAAUUCAAGAAAUAAGAGGGCGGAAAUGGAGAGAUAUGUUCCAAAGCCUGUAGCUAAAGAGAUGGCACAUCAAGGAAGUACUCAACAAGCAAUGGUUUCUGUAGUGCAUCAGACUGCAAUAAAUGAGAACAUUAGGGGAGCAGAUUCUGGUCCUCCUCAAGGUGUCGAAAAUUCUCAACCUAGUGCUGCAGUGGGAAAAUCAGGUUUUGCCAUAGAAUCCAGGAAUGGGAGUAGCAGGCAAAAUAAGCAGGUAAAAGCACAUGGGUCGUGGCGACAACGGGGAUCAACAGAACCAACCAACACACAAGGUUUCCAUGAGGAACCAUCAUAUACUUCAAAUGUUGGUCAGAGUGAUAUUGGCUCAGUGACAGAGCAACCAAAGAAUUCUGAUGAUUGGAAUGAUGGAUGGAACAUGCCCGAUGAACCCAACACUGUUGUACCAGUCUCUGCAUCUAUUGCUGUAAAAGAACAGGGAAUACCCGGAAGACGAAAGCAGCAUCUGUUUAAUGGACAAAAAACUGUGGCAAAUAAUCAUGAUCAUGAGCAAAAGAAAAACUAUAGGGGGGAUGCUGACAGAAUCUACACCAAAUCUUCAGCCUCUGAAAUCAGUCAAACAGAGUUACCUUCUGCUUCUAAAGAGAAUCAAGCUGUUGGGGAACGUGCAAUACCUCAUUGGCAGCCCAAAUCUCAGGCAUUUGCAGCCAAUAAUCAUCGAGGAAACAGGGCUAAUGGUCCCCAAGGUGCAGACCCACUCUCACCAGCAACUGACAAAGAUACUACUGAACAUCUGGCUCAGCAUCGACAUGAUCAAUACAAGUCUGAAAGAAACAAUGCAGGGGAAGGACAGAACAGGAGGGAGAGGAAAACAACACACAGGGGACGUCCCAGCUCCCCUAGUCAUGGUCCUGUCAGCCCAGUCGAACUGGCUCCUCCUAGUAUGGAUGCUAGACAAGAGCAUCAGUUUCAAAUGGGGUUUCGAAGGAAUGGAAACCAAAACAACCGUUUCAGCAGAGGGCAAGAGUCUCGCGGGGAUUGGAAUUACUCGGGGCAUGAUGGUAGGCAGCAAAAACCCCCUGCAAAUCGGGACAGGCAGAGGCACAGUUCCCAUUUGGAGUACCAGCCAGUUGGGCCAUACAACAGCAGUGACAAAUUUAACAAUUCCGAGGGACCUAGAGAAGGUGCUCAGAAUUCAGGUGGUGGAAGGGUCAAGGAAAGAGGCCAGGGUCAUUCGAGACGUGGUGGAGGGAACUUCCAUGGGCGGCAAAGUGGCACUAUUCGAGUAGUGCAGGAUAUGGAGUAGUGGCUAAAAAAUUAAAGACUAAAGAUGAGGUUGUCAUUGAUGAAACCGCUCUUUCCCACUCUUGCAUCAUGAGCAGUGGCAGUAGCAGUAGCAGUGGCUUGAUCAUAACUGUUUCCAGGUAUUGUAGUAAUAGAGAUGUGAUUGCAACUGUUUAUAUUUGUUGAGCAGACAAAUAAAGACUUGUUUGCACUCAGCAGGGCUCAUGGCGAAGUUGAUGGUGUUGAAUUAGUUAGCGUCUUGGAGGUAGUCAGAUUGGCGCAUUUCCUUUUCGAUUGAAAUGAAUCUGAUGUGAAACAUUGUGAUUUGGUCAUCCUCUGUUUCCUGUGGAACUCUUUAUCAUUUUAUUUGUUUCUAUUAGCCUCGUAUUUACUUGUAGUGACUCAUAAUUCCUUUGCUUCUAAUAUGGAGCAGCAAGGAAAUGAAAUUAGAGGAAGUCUGGUUCUUUACCUAUUCCCUAGUCUCAUUACCCGACUGACUGCUGUUCUUGUGCCC